CGCGCGGGUCGCGGCCAUGGAGGACGCGGGAGCGGCUGGCCCGGGGCCGGAGCCCGAGCCCGAGGGGGGCGCCGGCAUGUCCGAGGCGUUCUCCCGGCUCUGGACCGACGUGAUGGGCAUCCUGGACGGCUCCCUGGGAAACAUCGAUGACCUGGCCCAGCAGUACGCAGACUAUUACAACACCUGUUUCUCGGACGUGUGCGAGAGGAUGGAGGAGCUCCGGAAACGGAGGGUUUCCCAGGACCUGGACGUGGAGAAACCUGAUGCCAGCCUCACGUCACUUCAGCUGCGGUCCCAGAUCGAAGAGUCGCUUGGCUUCUGUAGUGCCGUGUCAACACCAGAAGUGGAGAGAAAGAACACUCUUCCUAAGUCAAACUCAGAAGACGGCUCUGUGGGAAAAGGAGAUUGGAAGAAGAAAAAUAAGUAUUUCUGGCAGAACUUCCGAAAAAACCAGAAAGGAAUAAUGAGACAGACUUCAAAAGGAGAAGAUGUGGGCUACGUGGCCAGCGAGAUAACAAUGAGCGAUGAGGAGCGGAUUCAGCUGAUGAUGAUGGUCAAGGAGAAGAUGAUCACCAUUGAGGAAGCCCUUGCCAGGCUCAAAGAAUAUGAGGCCCAGCACCGGCAGUCAGCGCCCUUGGACCCUGCCGACUGGCCAGACGGUUCUUACCCGACAUUCGAUGGCUCAUCAAACUGUAAUUCAAGAGAACAAUCGGAUGAUGAGACCGAGGAGUCUGUGAAGUUUAAGAGAUUACACAAGCUGGUCAACUCCACUCGCAGAGUGAGAAAGAAACUGAUCAGGGUGGAAGAAAUGAAAAAGCCCAGCACCGAAGGCGGGGAGGAGCACGUGUUCGAGAAUUCGCCAGUUCUGGAUGAGAGGUCCGCCCUUUACUCUGGAGUACACAAGAAGCCAUUUUUCUUUGAUGGCUCUCCUGAGAAACCUCCAGAAGAUGAUGCAGACUCUUUCACCACCUCUCCAUCAUCCAGCAGCCUGGAUACCUGGGGCGCCGGCCGGAAGUUGGUCAAAACCUUCAGCAAAGGAGAGAGUCGGGGCCUGAUUAAGCCCCCCAAGAAGAUGGGGACGUUCUUCUCCUACCCAGAAGAAGAAAAGGCCCAGAAGGUCUCCCGCUCCCUAACUGAGGGGGAGAUGAAGAAGGGGCUCGGGUCCCUGAGCCAUGGGGUAAGUACGGAUGGCGUUUGCUUCUAUGACCACCACCGGCGUAGGCACCACGUUCUAGUGUCCCUGGAGGAGGUUCAGAGUGUCCGGAAGCAAAUCCGCUUGAAGAAAAUGGAUACUAACUAUUCAUGUUCCAGAGCUUUUCUCUGCCAGCGUCCCUCCAGAAAAGGAGUCAACAGUGUGACCUGUGACCUGCUCCGGCAGAAACCCAAAGGGGGAGGGAGCUGCGGCGUCCCCAGCAGGAGGGUACGCGGGCGCCCCUCGGUCAGCGAGUUCAAUAUCACGUACGUGGUGGAGCGGAGCCUGUACAGCCACCUGAACCUGACUCAGCUAGUGCGUCCUGCCUCGGACAGGACCCUGAGCAAGGCCGAGAGACAGGACCUCAGGCGGUGCUUGCUGGAGGAGGAUGAGGAGACCAAGAGGAAGUGGGCCGCCACGGUCGACCGCUGUACUAAAAGGGUUCUCUUGAGAAUCCACCAGAAGUCCAGAACCUGCAGUUUUGGAGGAUUUGACUUGACGAACCGUUCUCUACACAUUGGCAGCAAUAAUUCUGACCCAAUGAGUAAAGAAGGAGAUUUUGUGUACAAAGAAGUUAUCAAAUCACCCACGGCCUCCCGCAUCUCUCUUGGAAAAAAGGUGAAAUCCGUGAAAGAGACCAUGAGGAAGAGAAUGUCUAAAAAAUACAGCAGCUCUGUCUCUGAGCAGGACUCAGGCCUGGAGGGAAUGCCCGGCUCCCCUCCAUCUUCACAGCCUGACGGUGAACACACGGACAAGCCGAAGCUCAAAGCCGGCGGUUCUGUCGAGAGUCUGCGGAGUUCUCUGAGUGGCCAGAGCUCGAUGAGUGGUCAGACAGUAAGUACCACGGAUUCCUCGACCAGCAACAGGGAGAGCGUCAAGUCAGAAGAUGGUGAUGAUGAGGAGCCCCCCUACCGGGGCCCCUUCUGCGGGCGCGCCCGGGUGCACACCGACUUCACGCCCAGUCCCUAUGACACGGACUCGCUCAAGCUCAAGAAAGGAGACAUCAUUGAUAUAAUCAGCAAGCCCCCCAUGGGCACCUGGAUGGGACUGCUGAACAACAAGGUCGGCACAUUCAAGUUCAUCUAUGUGGAUGUGCUAAAUGAGGAAGAAGAGAAGCCCAAGCGCCCCACCAGGAGGAGGAGAAAAGGAAGACCGCCGCAGCCCAAAUCUGUGGAGGACCUCCUCGACCGGAUCAACCUGAAAGAGCACAUGCCCACUUUCCUGUUCAAUGGCUACGAAGACCUGGACACCUUUAAGCUCCUGGAGGAGGAAGACUUGGACGAGUUAAAUAUCAGGGACCCGGAGCACAGAGCCGUUCUCUUGACAGCGGUGGAGCUGCUACAGGAAUAUGACAGUAACAGCGACCAGUCGGGGUCCCAGGAGAAGCUGCUAGGCGACAGCCAGGGCCUGAGCGGAUGCUCCCCACGAGACUCCGGGUGCUAUGAGAGCAGCGAGAACCUGGAAAACGGCAAGACCCGGAAGAGCAGCCUGCUCUCUGUCAGGUCGUCCGUGGAGUCUGGCUUCAAGUCCUUCAGCAGGAACCAGCUGGGCAACUACCCAACCCUGCCUUUAACGACGCCCGGGGACACGCUGAAGCCCGGGGAGGAGGGCAGGCUGGGCAGUGCUCUUACCCCUCACCCCUCCAAGUGCUGCGACCAGCCGUGUGCGACUGGCCUGAACAAAAACCGAAGAAGCCUGCCUGUUUCCAUGUGUCGGAGCUGUGAGACCCUGGAGGGCCCCCAGAGCGUGGAGACGUGGCCCAGAUCCCAUUCCCUGGACGACCUUCAAGGAGAGCCUGCCGCUGAGAAGGAUGUGCCCGGCGAGGGGACAGAGCCCUCCCCUCAGGCUGUACCGCAAGUGCCACAGAAGACAACCCCCUCCAUCGCAAAGGUUCAAAGCCCCAGACGGGAUCCUGCUGUCGACAAUGCACUGCUACUGACCCAAAGCAAGAGAUUUUCUGAACCUCAGAAAACAGCUACUAAGACACUAGAAGGCUCCAUGGCAGUCUCCUCCCGCAGCACGUCCCCUCCUCCGUGUUGGCCCAAAAACUAUGAUGCCCAGCCUCCCGGAGCUAAACACGGUUUAACAAGGACGCCUCUUGAGGGUCACAGGAAAGGACUCGACCUUGAAGGAACACAUCAUCCCCUGGGCACCAAAGAAGGCCUAGACGCGGAGCAGAGGGGCCCCGAGGCCAGGACGCAGGCGAAGCAGCCCUCACAGCCCCCACCCGUCCCCGCCAAGAAGAGCCGGGAGCGCCUGGCCAACGGCCUGCACCCCGGCCCUCCUGGCCCCGACGCGCCGAGCCUGCCCGUCAAAAAAGGCGGCCCCAGUGACUGUCACUCACCUCAGGCUUCUAGGCCUCCCUCGGCACAGGAGCCUGGCAGCCCCCCCAGUGCGAGACGGCCGCCCUGGCUCUCGGAGCUCCCGGAGAGCGCCAGCCUCCAGGAGCACGGCGUGAAGCUGGGCCCGGCGCUGACCAGGAAGGUGUCCUGCGCUCGGGGGGUGGACCUGGAGAUGCUCACCGAAAACAAGCUGCGAGCCGAGGGCAUCGAUCUCACGGAGGAGCCCUACUCCGAUAAGCACGGCCGCUGUGGGAUCCCCGAGGCCCUGGUGCAGCGAUACGCCGAAGACUUGGAUCAGCCCGAGAGGGACAUCGCCACCAACAUGGACCAGAUCCGCGUGAAGCUACUUCGGAAGCAGCACCGCAUGGCGAUCCCAAGCGGUGGACUCACAGAAAUCUGCAGAAAGCCCCUCUCUCCCGGAUGCGUCUCGUCUGUGUCGGAUUGGCUGGUAUCCAUCGGUCUGCCCAUGUACGCCAGCACCCUCACCGAAGCCGGGUUCAGCACACUGGGCCAAGUGCCUUCUCUGUCCCACACUUGCCUUCAGGAGGCCGGCAUCACAGAGGAGAGACACAUCAGCAAGCUCGUGUCUGCAGCCAGACUCUUCAAACUGCCACCAGGCCCUGAGGCCAUGUAGCCAGGUCCAUACAUGGAGCUCCCUGGACCAGAGCCACCCUUUCACUGUGCUCAUGAUGCUAAUGCAAUCCCUCCUCCUUGGGACAUGCAGACCAGAUCUGGAAGAAAGGCCCAGUGUCAGGCCGAACAGAGCAUGAAACCUUGGGCCGAGACUGAAGAGCCCCUCGAGGAAAUUGGUGUGGUUCUGACUCCCCCCAAAGAAAAGCCAAGCACUAAUUUUUAUUUUCAGAACACAAAAGAACCAGGAUGCCAACUCGCCGCCCAUGCUGGGCCUCCAGUCUGUCUGGGUGCGCAGGCGGAGGGAGGGGCAGCCGCUGUUGCUUCUGAGAAUGCCCUUGCCCUUCUGGCCGGAGGGCAGCUGGGCGUUAGCCAGGCCAAAGUCACAGACCCAGGAGUUAUGUACGCCAUGGACUAUGUUUGUUUAUUCAAAAGUAAGAAAAUCUGGCUGCACUAGGGAAAAAUAAAGUCCUAUUCUCCUUUAAGUAAACAAGAGACAUUUUAAUAAUUGCUUUCUAGCAAUCAGCUUUUAUUUGCCUUAAUAUAAGCUUUUACGCAGUUAUCUGGUGUUUACCACCUUGUAACAAUAGUUCCAGAUCUUCAGCCUAGACUGCCACCUAACACACUGGAGAUGUUUUCAGAAAAAAGAAAAAAAAAUGGGCCUAAUUGCCUCACUCUGACAUGGCUUAUUUUGUAGGGGUGUUUGUCAGGCACAAAUUUCAUGUUGGCUUUCAGUUUUUAAACUAACUACAAACCCAGUAAAAAGCUCUCGGAAACUCACAGAGAUCAGGUGUGUAUGUGAGUGUGUGUGUGUAGACCCUGCCUUCAUUUUAAUCACUUGUGUUUUGUUUACCAUGUGGGUCAUUGUGCUGCAGUAUUGGCUUUGACUCCGGACCACAUCCGUUCCAAAAUUCACUCAUCGGCCAAUAGGUCCCCUUUGCAAAGUCACCGUUAAGGGUGAAUAUUUCAGAAAGAUGUUUGUAAAAGGGAAGUCGUUUAUAAGAAAUUUUAAAAGGUUAUUUCACUUUUAUAAUUAAGAUAUUGUUUUCCUCCCUUUCUUAUUGAGAUAAUUCUUUUAGUUCGGAUAAAAGUUCACUUUGGAGCCAAAGCACAUUAGCCAUGUGUUCAGUACUUGCCAGUUUUCAGCUGUUUUCCAACUGAGGGUAGCACUUACCCUUCUCUUUUAGUCUGGUGUCUGACUUUUCUAGCACACAGAAAUGUAGGCAACUAAAUUAAGCUUUCUGUUGCUUACUAAAUGAAUUUCCCUUUACAUUCUUAAUCAUGAGAAGUAUUCUAAGCACUGAAUGUGAUCAUUUACAACAGAAACACUUUGAAGACAAAACCUUGAUCAAAAGCUCUUACACAUUUCAUCUGCUCAUUAAAACGAUUUCCCUCGGCAGGGAAAAAAAAAAGUAACUUCACUCAUUACAAAGCCAUCUUCAGCAUUUGCUCUGUGUGCUUGAAUCCGUGUUUCUGAGAAAAAGGAUGUUCUCAGAUUAUGUAUUUUUUUUUCACGCGUUGGUAUACAUUAAAAAAAUACAUUUCUUCCAUAAUAUCCACCUUCUAUAAGAUGCCAUGUGAAAAAGUUGUGGAAAUGCAGAAUACAAAGCUAAAAGCUGCCAGUUUUCUACUGAAAUCUUAAAAACAGCCCAUUUUUGCCAUCUCGGGUUAUGUGUACAGCCCACGUGGAGCCUGACGACACCACCAAAGUGUCUCGUGCUGUGGUGGAGACAGGUGCAGGGACACGUGGUCCUGGUCCUGCUCCCCGGGGCCUCGGCAGGACAUUCCGAGAUCCUGCUCGUAGUUGAAGCUGACUACACCCACGUCAGGCGACAGAGAACAGAGCAGGAGGAGACGUCUUCUGUGAAUUCCCCAGUGUUAGUUCGUUUUCAGUCUCAGAUUUUCACGUAAGUAAAAGUGGCACCAGAAAAGGGAACGUUCUGGAGUUCUUGAAAAUGCCAAAACCAUAUUUUUGUCACUCGUCUUUAGAACUCCUUGCCUUUGCAUGGGAAAAUGAAAUUCAGGGACCAUGAAUGAUGUUCAGUGGGAAGAUCUUCCUAACCUGAGGGGUCUGAGGAUUUUACUUUAUUGUGCUUUAAAAAAGAAAAAAAAGGAAAAAAAAGGUGUUUUUUUUUAUUGUUAGUAUUUGGUCUUUUGCUUUAAACUUUUCAUUUGAUCCUAGAAAAGCCUGAAUGUUUGUGUGUGACAUCUGACCGAGGUGGUUUAGGGACCGCGCGUCAGAAGACAGGUGGUAGGCGCCAGCAAUAUCCAGUUUUAAUCAAUUGCACUUGGUACAGAGUGUUUGUUGAGGAAGGGCGACAAGUGUUGUCUUUGGAAAGCACAAAAGUAACCUGGAAAGGCAGUUUGGCUCAGGUAGCUACACAUCCGUUGUGUGUAAUUUUUACUUUCAAGCUGUCUAGAAGGAAAUGCGGCCAGCCCCAACCACUACUUACAUUCCCAGAUAACCAGGAAGCAGAUGGAUUUUCAUGGCCUUCUCUUAGCAGCCCUUUGCUCUGUCCCGAUCCCCAGUGUGGGUGAAAUUGGAGAUCACUAGUCUAUUGCAAACCAGUUCCUGACAUAGCAAAAUUUGCUUUCAUAACUGCAGCAAAAGAAGUCAGUUCACCAAGUCAGUGCUGCAUUGUGUGUACUGUAUUAUUUUCAGAAAAUAUAGUCUGAGUCCGAGUUAUCUUGAUUUUAAAUUGAUAGAGAAAUACAAGAAACUGUCAAGUUAUAUAACAACUAACAACAUUGCACUUUCUGUAUAUGAAAUCAAUAUUUAAAUAACUUAUUUUUCUCCAUUGCUGUUCUUAAACAUUGUAAGUAGCUGUAAUAUACCAGUACCAAGACGUCCUUGCAAUUCCUUCAGCCCAGGAAAGCUGUGUAUUGUUUUAAAAAUUGUAAAAAUUAUUGUGAUGAUUCAUUUAGCAAAGAGAAAGGUGGACAGAAGGGUUUUCCUAUGUAUCAAAACUUGUCUAUAAUUAUGUCAUCUUAUGUACCUAGAAAAAAAUAAAUAAAUUUCUCCAGUUGACUAUG